AGGCGACCAGCCCUGCCUAAGCCUGAGCUGUCCCUUCUCUGGCGUCCGGGGGCCCUUCUUGUCUUACUCCCCCUCCAUGACCCCGCCCAGCGGGCCCUGCCCAGGCCACUGCCACCAACCCACAAGCCCAGGUCCCCGCGUCCCAGGCUGGAGGCGGCGGGGUUGCUCCCGACAGCGGGCGGCCAGCUGGUUCCCUUCAGGGGCGGCCGCGCCCCCCUCCCCGCAGGGCUGUAACCCGAGCCGCCGCCGCGCCUCCCCACCGCCCCGAUGAGCCCCGACAGCGAGUCCGCAGGCGCCAUGGGCCGCCGCGCCUGCGUCCCCUCGGCGGCGUCGGGGGCCCGCGACCAGGCCCGCCGGCUCGGAGCUGUGCUGGGCGCGCUGUGCCUGCUACCCGCGCUCCUGCUCUUGGCCCGGCUCGGGGCCCCGGCGGCCCGGCUCGCGGCGAGCGCAGCGCAAGGAGACGCCGCGCCCCACCCCAUGGGCGCCCCGACCACCCCGAGCCUCGGCCCCCUGCACCCCCAGGCGCCUCGAAGACGCCGCUACACGCUGACCCCCGCCAGGCUGCGUUGGGACCACUUUAACCUCACGUACAGGAUCCUCUCCUUCCCGAGGAACCUGCUGAGCCCCAGCGAAACCCGGCGGGGCCUGGCCGCCGCCUUUCGCAUGUGGAGCGACGUGUCCCCCUUCAGCUUCCGCGAGGUGGCCCCCGAGCAGCCCAGCGACCUCCGCAUAGGCUUCUACCCCGUCAACCACACCGACUGCCUGGUCUCCCCGCUGCACCACUGCUUCGACGGCCCCACGGGCGAGCUGGCCCACGCCUUCUUCCCCCCGCACGGCGGCAUCCACUUUGACGACAGCGAGUACUGGGUCCUGGGCCCCACACGCUACAGCUGGAAGAAAGGUGACGGCCGGCCUGGCCUCAGUGGGGCCCUCGCACCACGGCGUGUGGCUCACCGACCUGGUGCACGUGGCGGCCCACGAGAUCGGCCACGCGCUGGGCCUGAUGCACUCCCAGCACGGCCGGGCGCUCAUGCACCUCAACGCCACACUGCGCGGCUGGAAGGCGCUGUCGCAGGACGAGCUGUGGGGGCUGCACCGGCUCUACGCUGCGACUUCUGCUACGAGUUCCCCUUCCCCACGGUGGCCGCCACGGCGCCGCCCCCCAGGACCAAAACCAGGCUGGUGCCCGAGGGCCGGAACGUGACCUUCCGCUGCGGCCAGAAGAUCCUCCACAAGAAGGGCAAAGUGUACUGGUACAAGGACCAGGAGCCCCUGGAGUUCUCCUACCCCGGCUACCUGGCGCUGGGCGAGGCGCACCUGAGCAUCAUCGCCAACGCCAUCAACGAGGGCACCUACACCUGCGUGGUGCGCCGGCGGCAGCGCGUGCUCAGCACCUACUCCUGGCGAGUCCGCGUGCGGAGCUGAGCGGGCUGAGGCGCUGAUAAAGCACUUUCUCUCUCAA